AUGGAGCAACCAGCACCCCGCCACCAAAGUGGCCGUAUCUCUUCUCUAUCGUCCAAAAUGAAGCAAUCAGUACUCCGCCCACAAUGUCUCCACUUCUCAAAUAUUCUCAUGGCUCUCGAUAUCUGCCUCAUGUUUUAUGCACUGGUAUGCAAGUACCAAGCAACGACCAAUGAGAGACCCCGGCUCUUCAAGUAUGUCAUCAGGUUCUUCAACUUUCUCUACACAAGCAGAUCAGAGUCCUGGAUGGAAAAGUUGCUUGUCUUGCUUGCAUGUACUUUGAUCCUCGGUGCGUGGUAUAUCUCGAAGAGAGAGGCUAUGGAGCGAGAACAGAGAAGAUUGGCGAGAGAGAGGAAGCGUAGAUGGGAAGAGGAGAGAAAGGAUAUCGAGACGCGAUUGAAGAGACGUAAGGACGUGAAGAAGCUAGCGAGAGAGUUCGUGGAGUUGGUGAGGCUGAAUACAUAUGCGAGAUUGGAAAGAGAGGAGGCCGAGCUCGAGAGGAGAAGGAACAUUCGAGACCUCGUGGAAAGUGAUGGGCGGGGAUACGUUCGAAUAUUGAAGAGUGUUCUCAGAUUCUUCUGGAGGAUGAGAGACUCGAAAAGAGACGGUGCAGAGUUAACUAUAAUGCACUGGGAGCAAUUCCUCGAACGACAAAGAGCUAUAUUGGAAGAUAUGAGAGAUGAGAAGGCGCAUGGGAGGAUGGUGUAUACUGAAACACAGAGGCUGUUACGGGAGGCCGACGCAGAGGACAGGCGGGCAUUCUGGGCAGAACGUCUGGAGAAGCUUGGCCUUCUGCUCGCGGAUGCCGAGAGAUGGAUUCUAGAGCAAGAGCGAAGGGAGAGGGAGAGGAGAGGAGAGGUACUCAGGGGUAUACCGCCUGAAUUGUUGUUUCCACGGCGGAACAUCCACCGUCCUUUCCUGGACAACAUCCAAGCUCAUAUCGAUUCUGAGAUUGAAAAGGAGGAGUGGCAACUGUACCUGGCGACGAGAUUUCCAGAAGUGUUGCUGGGAUGUGUUCCUGGAUGGACGCUCUGGGUAGAUUUCUUCAGGUACUAUUUCCCUAAUUGGACUUAA